GGCUUAAUGAGCACCACCACCCAACCCAGCCAAAAUGGCCAACGAGUCCAUCCUCGUCCUCCUCCACCUCCGCCUACAGAACCCUGACCGGGGUCUUCCCCAAAACCCUCGCCGAGUCGCCGGGCUCCGCCGCCGUCCCCAUCGCGAACUACUCGCAGGCUACUCCUCCGGCCAUGAGGGGCUCGGAUCCGGACCGGGGCGGAGGCGAGCCGGACAUCUCCAAGCUCUUCUGCCACUACAACGCCCUCUACUUCCACGACUCCCUCGGCACCUGCGCCGUCUCCUGGGCCACCGACGAGGAUCCACUCCCCAAUCGUGAAGUAGGUGGCUGUGAAUAUUAUCCUGGUGGUGGUGGCUGUAUUAUACUUCUUUCCAGAUCCUUGUAUGAACACCACACAGAUUUGGAUUUAAAGAAUGCGCUGCUUCAUGAAAUGAUUCAUGCUUAUAUGUGCAUCAAAGAUAGUAAUGAUAACCAUAGUGACCAUGGGCCAAAAUUCCAGAAACUGAUGAAUACAAUCAAUUUAAACUCUGUAGCCGAUCCUCAUCGUCCUCUUGGUGGCUACAGCAUAACUGUGUUCCAUGAGAUCAGAAAGAAAUUUUAUAUACACAAAUGUGAAAGCUGUGGAGAUUUGAUCAAGUCAACCAAAAUCAAAGGACCAUCACAGGAUGACUGCAUUGAGGCAAUGGGUGCUAAUGACUUGUGUGACAGUUUAAUUUGUCACUGGCAUUGGCACAAGAAGCGGUGCACUGGUAGCUAUCACAGAGUUCAAGGAUCAUCAUCAGGUUGUGUAGAGGGUUCAAAAGCUUUAUCUGUAGAAGCACCUGAUUGCAAAGUUGAAGAAUCAGCCCCUGGAAGUUGGCACAAUGCGCAUGCAUCAAUUAAGGGUGGAAAAGGCAAUAAGCAUGAACUGGAAGAAACCUCUGCUGGGUUUCCUCCUGAUGACUCUAUUGGUAUUUCUGGAAUGGAGUCCUCUUCAAGAGACACAGCUAAUAAGAAAAUCAAAUUGUCAAAGGAUAUUGGUUUGGACCGUCUAACCGCCACAACUGUUCAGGAAGCACCGAAGCGUCCAAGAACAACCUCACUAAAGAAGAAUCAAGAGUGCAGCAGACAGAAGAAAAGAAAAAUAAGCAAGUGGGAUGGUUCCUACUCUGUAAUCAUUGAAUGGUUGAAUUACUAUUCUGUGGAUGAGUCAGAUGAAGAUGAGGUGCCUUUGAUAAAUAAAAGAACCGAAAGAAGAAAGCGGCAGAAGUUACUGAAACUUGUUCUUGCUAGGGAAUCCAAUAGUGGCAGUGAAGGUGCUAGUUCUACAUCUUUUGUAGAAAAUGGCAGAAAUUCUAGCAGUGCUGGCUCUUACCCCCUAAGCCAGGGGGACAAUGACAAAUCUGAAAAUGUGCAAGCUAAUCGAGUUGAUGUAAGUUCAUUGCCAGAUCAUCCUGUAAGUAGUCAUGUAGCAGCAGAGGAUCAAGCUGGCCAAGCUGCAUCGUCACCAUUGAACUCACCAACUAGAGGUAUCGUUGUUGACAUUUCAGAUGGUUGAUGGCCAGAGUUCCAUUAGUUUCUUUCAGCUGAGGCCUGGACGUACAAUUAUCCAGACUACAGUUGUAACACUUACUUUUAAUUCCUUGCACCUGUCUACUGCUAGACAUGCAACGGGACGAUCCUGUGAAGCAUGUGUCUUGUACAUGUCUUCGUUUCUUCCUUUCUCAUUUCACCUUUUCUUUUCUUAGCAUAGAUCAGUUCAGUAUACUUAACUCUGUCAGGUUGUGUGACCCAUCAGUUUCUCUCCGUACUAGUCUCUUGAAGAACAGCAAAGAUCAGGUUUUCUCUUUGGUUGAUUGUGUGUGGAAGAUCAA